GUCACUGUCAAUUCAAUUUUCUACAUUACAGAAACGUGGUUAUCGUUAUGUUUAGAGGUUAAGUUGAAAAUUGUAACUUUUUUAUUUCUGUUUUACUCUGAAUUGAUUGGUUAAACGUGCUGAACGCCUCUACUAAGUAGUAAAGUGUGAUGUGUAGGUUAUCCUUGCAUCUUUUUCGAAACCCCUAGAACAUUUUAUAACCUAAUCGUAGAUACAUUUUGUAGUAUGGCUCCUGUUAAACAAAAACGAUUGAACAAUGGUGAUAGUUUUGAUACGAAAAAGGAAAGAAAGAAAUGGAAAGAGCAGAAACUCCUAAAGGCUGCUGGAUUCAAAAAAGGUGUCGACCAUGUAACAAAUUCUGAAGAUGUGGUAAGUUCUCCUCCAACAUGUUCUUCAGUCGCGGAUGCUUCUGAAAACUUUGAAUCUACACACACGAUUUCGAUAGCCGUUCCAGGUUCAAUCUUGAGCAAUGCUCAGACUGCAGAGUUAAGAGCUUAUGUUGCCGGCCAAAUUGCUCGUGCAGCUUGCAUUUACAGGGUUAGUGAAGUGAUAGUAUUUGACGAUGUAGGAAGCCAAAACAACAAUGCGAUUCGCAAGCCAGGUGAGGAUCGUUGUGCUCAAUUCUGUAGACUAUUGCAGUACCUGGAAUGUCCUCAGUACCUUCGCAAACACUUUUUCCCUCUUCACAAAGACUUGCAAUAUGCUGGAAUUAUGAAUCCUCUUGAUGCCCCUCAUCACUUGCGCCAAUCCGAUGACUUUCCCUUUAGAGAAGGAGUUGUUUCCCAUCACUUGUUGAAGCAAGGUAAAGGAUCUUUUGUUAAUGUGGGUUUAAUUAGAGACGUUGGUGUGGACCGUGCAUUAGUCCCUGACAUUAGAGUAACUGUGAAAUUACUGCCUCAAAAGGAAGGUACUAAGAAGAGGUUUGGUGUUAUAGUUCCUCCUACUCAACCUACUGAAGAGUUGGGAGUGUACUGGGGCUAUAAGGUAAGAUUCGCUCCCUCUCUCAGUGACGUAUUUACUAAAGCGCCAUAUGAAGAUGGUUAUGAUUUAACAAUAGGAACUUCUGACAAAGGGAAACCCAUCGAGGAGUGUGAGGACUCAGAAUUCAUUGACUUUAAACAUAUGUUAUUAGUUUUUGGUGGUCUCGCUGGAUUGGAAGCAGCUUUGGAAUGUGAUGAAAACCUAGAUAUAGACGAUGUUACUCUGUUGUUUGACAAAUACCUAAACACUUGUCCCGACCAAGGAUCUCGUACUAUUCGUACAGAGGAAGCCGUGUUAAUUUCUCUAGCUGAAAUAAGGAGAUCAAUUAAAGCAGCCAAAAAGGUUGUUAAUGUUAAGUAAGUUGGUCAAGGUAACUUGUUAUGAAAGUAAAUACUAACUUACACUAACAAAGUAAACCUUUAAUAAAAUCAGUUGAGCAAAAUUUGUACUUCAUAUAAUCUUUGAAUGUUGAUGCAAAGAAUGAUCUGACAUGCUUUUUGUCCUUUGGCUAAAUAUUAUUUGUUUCUGUGAUUUCAUUACCUACUUUUUAUGGGCCAUAAUAUCUACUAGUCGUGCGAGAUGAGCUACAAUGAAGGUUAAGUUAGGUUUAAUUGCCUAAAGUAAAUGCGGCUUAUUCUAUAAAUUAGUAUUUUGGCAAAUAAUAAUAAAUGGGAAAGGUUUUUUUUACUCAAAAAUAAAGUUGUAAGAAUGUUUUUGUAUAGUUUGUAUUUGAUUAUAAGAAAAAGAAAUGUAUGAAAAUUAUUUAGGCUAGUGUACAAGCUGCUAUUUCAAUCAAAUUCCAUGGAAGGACUAUUUGUAGGUUUUGUUAAGUAAAAUAUCCUAAAAUGAGUCUAGUAAGCCCUGUUAUAUGUUAAAUGGGUUGUUUUCUGGUUAAUAAAAAGGUUUGUUGUUACAUUACAAUUUU